AUGCCGAUUUCUGUCAGGGUGAACCUGCUAAGCGGCAUCCAUGCAACAGUUCUGAUGCAUGAAGAUGAAAAAGUGGCUGACCUGCGACAGAAGGCCCAGGCUGCGUUGCGAAGACCUGUAGGGAAAUUCAUCGGUACUUCUGGCACCUUGUCAAGCACUUCGGACACAUUGGUGCAAGCAGGGAUCCGGGAUGGAGACACGGUUACGGCCGUCCAGCAGACAGACUUUUAUGAUCCUCCUUUCACAUCGGACAGCAACGACGACGAGCCGCGCGCGGAUGUGAGAUUCGAAUCUGUUCAGAGCCAACUUCAAGACGUGGAGCAGAUUCAAGCAUCGUUUGAGGGAUUUGCCGCCAUCAAAGCAGAUGGGACGGUGGUAACUUGGGGAAGUGAAGCUGCUGGCGGAAACAGUUCCUCGGUGCGCGAUCAUCUUCGAAAUGUUUGUUGCAUAGCGGCAGCUGGGAAUGCCUUUGCCGCCUUGCGCAGGGAUGGAAGUGUGGUGACAUGGGGUGGGGAAGACGUGGGCGGGUGCAGUGCCAGUGUGCAGAGCAAGCUGAGGGAUGUCUUGCACAUCAAGGAUGAGAAGAUCUUGUCACAGGCUUUGGCACUGGCUGCAGCCAAGGCGAAGGCUAAGAUGGCAAAAGCCAAGGCCAAGGCCAAGGCCAAGGCCAAGGCCAAGGCCAAGGCCAAGGCCAAGGCCAAGGGAAAGGCCAAGCACAAGGCAAAAUCGAUAGCUACAGCUGACACCAAAGAGGCCCUCAUGCUGGACAGCCGAACCUAUGAGACGCCCCUGCCCUUAGAGACUGUAGCCCUGGUAGGUGUCUAUCUGGCAAGAGCUUACCUUACGCUAAGUGCGACGCUUCUAUCCGCCGUGGCGUCGGUUCUCUUUACCAUGCUCUUCCCAGGUAUCGGCGACAUCUUGAAGCACUUUCUCCGGUACUCAUGGAUGCAGCAUACCCAGUGGUAC